AUGGUGUUGAUCAACGGCGUUAAGUACGCCUGUGAGCGGUGUAUCAGGGGCCACAGAGUCACAACGUGCACACAUGUCGACCAGCCAAUCAUGAUGAUCAAACCCAAGGGCCGGCCCUCGACGCAGUGUGCGCACUGCCGACAACAACGCAAGCUGAAGAACGCACACGUAGCCUGCACUUGCAACUCGAAAACCAAAGACCACGACGUGGGCUGUGCGUGCCACGUCGACGGCGAGUGCACGUGCUCGUCGAAGCAGAAGAAGGCAGGCUCGAAGAAGAAGGACGAGGACGCCAAAGAACAGAAGUCGAAAAUCUCCCCUCCCGAGUCGCUGUCGCUGAAUAUUGACAAAGAUAACGUCAACGGUGUUAUUCAGUCAUGGGGUAUGGCGUCGCCGCCUCUGGGAUCCGAAUCCCAGCAGAAUGACAGCCUACUGUCGCUGAACUCCGCUACCUCAGACAAGCCGUCGCAGGGACUCCAGUACCAGCAGUUCUCGAAACGGCUGGUGGGGACGGACCCGCUCCAGAACUUUCGGUCGUCGACGCCGCAUGGCCAGCAUAAGAAGGCUGGGGAAAUCCAUGUUUCUGUUGACGAGUACGUUGCGCCGCUGAACACGAUGAACAGCAACUUCUCUACUCUCAUGAGCAGUAUUUCGACCUCAGAGCCGGUCGUGCCUCCGGCCACUGCUAACGGACGGUCCAAGUCGAACUCAAUGACCAGCGAACCGUUCCAGGGCAUCAACACGUCCGGAUCUGGUCUUUUAGACAGUUUCGACGACAACAACUCUUCCAAGCUGUACCACAACCGCAACAGAAACGUUUCGAGCGGCUCGGUGAUUUCAAGUCCGCGAGAAUCGAUCAACCCUGACUCUCUGUUCCCGCUCUUCCCGCUGAUCGGCCCGUCGCAGUCGUACUCGUCACACUCAUCUCUUCCCUCCACACCCUCCCACCAGAGUCUCAACGACCUGAUUUCAACGCAGCCCACGGGACAGAAACUGUCGCAUACCAACCUGAACUCUCAUAAUAGCAAAAACCACCAUAAUUAUCCGCAGAUGCUUAAGAAAAACCUCACGGGCUCGUCCACCCAUUCCAGCGGAUCGUUGAGCCACUCGCACCACCAUGGCGUUCACGGCCACUCUCAUCAAUCGCACUACUCGCCGUAUCCCCAGCACAUGAUGGCCCAGCAGCCGCGGAGAUCCAAUUCAUUUUUGUCCGUUUCGUCGUCCAACACGGUGAACUCGUCGCUGGGUUCGCCAAACUCGAUUCUGACCAACGAAAGACCGCCGUUGGUGAGUGCCAACUCGACAGACUCGCUGAACGGGUUCCAGCUGACGAAUGCCAAAACAAAUACCACGCUGAUGGACGAUCUCUACCAGACCAGAACUUACACGGAGUCCGGAAUGAAGCCGUUCUCGAUAGUCCCGGAGGAGGAAGAUUCUGGCUCGACCCCCGCGUCCGAAGUGUCACAGCUGCGCACCGUCAAGCACACUGUGGACCCGGCAUUUGACGCAAGUGCAAUAGGCACGAUCCCGCUGACCACCUCCUCCGAUCUGGCGAACGCCACGGACCAACGAACAGAGACCACUGCUGCUCAGACAGACUACUCGAGCUAUCUGGGCAACAUAGACUACCUAGACAGUCUGCUGGAGCAGUCCGCCGACCAGGCAGACUUAUCCAGCUUCAUCGACCUUCAGAGUGCCCAGACACAGGAGCAAGCCUAG